UGGGUCAACUAUAAUUAUCGUCAUGUUGAAAUUAUUUAUGUUGAUUGGAUCCGAAAUGAAUACAAUGGUAAAGCUGAAGUAAUAAUUGUUUCCAUUUUAUUUGCUCCCAUCUUUUUUACCGGUCUUUUGGGUAACCUGUGGUUAAUUGUGACAAUUUUACGCAAACAAAUACCCGUAACUUCAUCAACAAUUUACACUCUUUGCCUUGCUCUUGGUGAUCUUUGUACAAUCUUAGGCCUUAUACCAAUGCUAUUAUCAACAUAUGUAACGGAAACCUUACCAAAUGAUCAUUCGUCUUCCAAUACAUCUUCACCCAGCUCAACAUCAUUUAUAACACCAACACUUGCCUCUUCAAUGUGUAUUUUAUCGGACACUCUACGAGACAUUUCAGUCUCUGUUUCUUCCUUAACGCUGAUUGCUGUCUCUCUUGAUCGGUACCUUGCCGUUUUAUCAGCUGUUGCCUGGAUGCAGAAACAAGUUGACCGUAAACAUCGUAACCUAGCCCUGGCAACAAUCUAUUUAAUCUGGCUAAUAUCAAUAAUGCUAGCCUUGCCAACAUCCCUAUCAUCUCGAUUAACCCGAACACAACUGGACUCGGGUUCAACUCUACUCAUAUGCACACCAGGAUUUACCUUUCUUCCCAAGCCUGGACCCCAAAUACUGACCGCACUGAAGACAAUCAUCUUCUUCCUGAUUCCAAUCUUAAUCACCUCGUAUUGUUAUACCAUUGUGGCCCGUAAAUUGGUUUACAAUGUUAAAAAUAAAUUAACUUACCGUAAAACAUCCAAAGAUCGCGCUCUCCGCAAGGCAACCUUUACUAUCCGUUUGGCUUUCCUUCUGGUUGGACUAUUUGCACUAUCAUUUCUUCCUCAUCAUCUAGUUAAUUUGUAUUUCUACUUUAAACCAAUCUCAUCUAAUGAAGCUCUCUUCUGGCAGACAGCAAGGAUAACAUCAUUCAUGUGUAUCUUCAUCAACUCUGUUCUUAAUCCAAUAAUUAUUUGUAGUACAUCUUGUCAUUUAAAAAAAUUAAUCAAAUCAAAAUUUUCCUUCUUAAGAGAUAUUUAGAAUCUCGAAACUUGAAGAAAUCAAAUUUAACAAAACAAAUUGUAAAUACUCAUCUCAAUCCUCGACAAACACAGCUAAACUAGUCAGACAAUUGUGAACAAAAAUGAAAUAUCAUUCUUUUUAUACUUUUAUAUUCAAUUUUACCGAAAGUAAAUUUGCCUCUUUUUUGUCAUUAAAUACAAAACUCUCAAAUAAAUGUAAAAUGUACAAAACAAUAACAAUUUGCUUAAAUCAAGAAAAAAUAAGCUAUAAUAAUAAAAACAAUCA